AUGAGGAAGGAAGUUGGACGCUGGAGAGACGGGAGUGCAUGCUUCGCCCUGGAGGCCAGAAGCCUCACUGAGGGCUCUCCAGAGGAGGAAUGCUGGGGGAGCUGCUCAUCUCCUUCUGCACCUCCACUGGAGUUGCCUGCAUUCUCUGUGGAGGAGCCGGGUUUCACCAGUGUGGAGCUGUGCCAAGAUGGAGAAGACCUCUUCCUGAUUGCACCUGAUGGAGGGACGGAGGACAUGACUGGUCAAGAUCCAAACGAUGAAGACAUGCAGAGGAAGGACCAGAGAUUGCCAUUUCAGAUCUUCCCUGACCUUGUGGAGGUGGUCCUGCCCCCAGUAACCACCCUGAUCAGCCCUGACCUGGGCCACGGGAAGGAGCGUCUGCCCUCCAUUGUGGUUGAGCCCACAGAUUUGAGCGAGGUGGAGAGUGGAGAGCUGCGCUGGCCUCCAGAGAGCAUUGACAUGGACCAAGAUGAGGAGGACCUGUUCCUGGAGCAGUGCAUCCCCCCGGCUAACAUCGCAGACUGGGGAGAGGAGGAGGAAGAGGAGGAAGAGGAGACGUCGGUUAUACUGAACCCACAGCACGGCUUGACACUCAUUGACCUGCAGUCAGAUGCAUUUCGAGAUGACACCCCCACACUUCCACCGAGCAGCGCUCCGACCCUCAACUGA